CCUAGGAUGCUGCCGAGCCUGGUUGUGCCGCUGGCGGCGCUCCUCGGCCUGCGGCUCGGCGCCGGCGCGCACGGGACAGAACUGCUUAGCCCUCCAUCUGUGUGGUUUGAAGCAGAAUUUUUCCACCACGUUCUUCACUGGACUCCCAUCCCAAAUUCAUCUGACAGCACCUACUAUGAAGUGGAGCUCCAGAGGUAUGGAACAAGCCACUGGACGCCUAUCCACAACUGCAACCAGACCCGGAUGUUGUCCUGUGAUCUCACUAUGGUGACCCUGGACCUGUACCACAUGUACUACAACAUUCUUUACAGAGCCAAAGUCCGGGCAGUGGAUGGAGGCGAGCACUCCAACUGGACCAUCACCAACACACGCUUCUCUCUGGAUGAUGUGACUCUGACAGUUGGCAGUGUGACGCUGGAGAGGCGCAAAAGCUCCAUCUUCGGGAUAAUCCAUCCCUCCAGGCCCAAGAUCGCCCCUGCAGGUGACACAUAUGAAAGCAUCUUCCCGGAGUUCCGCGAGUAUGAGAUUGAGGUUCGCAAGGUCCCAGGAGACUAUAAGUUCCCAAACAAGAAGGUACAAGGGGAAAAUUUCAGCCUCCCAACUGCUGGAGAGAUGGGAAAGUUCUGUGUCAAGGUGAAGCCAUCUAUCAGCUCCCGAACAAACAAGGGUGUGUGGUCCAUGGAGGAGUGCAUCACCCUGACCCCACAGUACUUGACCGUGACCAACCUCAGCAUCUUCUUCAUCUUUCUGCUGCUGCUCUGCGGAGUGCUGUCCUACUGCUUGGUCCUUCAGCUCUACGUGCGGCGCCGCAGGAAGCUGCCCACUGUCCUGGUCUUCGAUAAGCCCAGUCCCUUUGUCCCGAGCAGCCAACUUUCCUGGCCAGAGACCCAUGUCACCAUCCACCCACUGGACGAGGCGGCCUUCCCCAAAGUGUCUCCAGAGCUGAGGAACUCGGAACUGCAUGGCAGCACGGAUAGUGGCUUUGACAGUGCCAAGCCAUCCCUGCAGACUGAAGAACCCCAGUUCCUCCUUCCUACCUCUGACCCCCAGGACAAGGAGACUAUGAGAAAGGGGGCACCCCUGGAGCUGGAGAACAACUGCAGUAGUGGCAGCAGCACCAGCACAGACAGUGGGAUCUGCUUGCAGGAGCACAGCCUGUGUCCCAGCAGGGCGCCCCACUGGGAGCCGCAGCAGGGGAGCAACAGCCAGGGCCAGGAUGACAGUGGCAUUGGCCUAGUCCAGAAAGCUGAGGGGCAGCCUGUGGAUAUACAGGGCAGCUCAGCCUUGGCCCAUGUCAGGUCCCCAAGGCCUGAGGUUCCCGAGGAAGAAGACUCAACCGCAGUGGUAUACCAGGGCUACCUGAGACAGGCCAGAUGCACAGAGGAGAAUGAAGCCAAGGCAGACUGCCUGGAGGAAGAAUCCUCCUCAACAGAUAGCCUUGGCCCUGAAUUCCGGACAUGCCUGGAUGCAGAGGUAGGCUGGCCUUCACCAGCUCUGGCCAAUGGCUAUUUGAAACAGGGUGCCCUAGGAAUGACUCUCGCUCCUUCAGGGACCCCAACUGAACAGUGGAACCACCCAACUGAGGAAUGGUCACUUCUGGGCUUAACCAGUUGUGGCGACCUAGGAACUUCUGACUGGAGCUUUGAUCCUGUUCUUACCCCUCUGGACUGUGUGGUAGCUCCAGGUAGUCUCCUGGGCAGCUUUGACUCAGAACUGUGCGCCCAGCCACUGAUCUCCAGCCUGCACUCAAACAAGUGACUCAGGCUAAGGAGAUCCCAGAGGUUAGAGGUAAAACAUGAGGUCAGUCUGGGCACUUUCCUUUGAGCCCAGUAAGGAUAGCCAGGUCCAGGAGCCUGGCCAUGGUCCCCAUGACAGGAGGAGGCUAUUUGGCCAAAUUAACUCAGGGAGUGUGGGCAGCCUUGCCCGGUGUGCAUAGUGCCCUACAGACUGGCAGAGCUGGGAAGAGAAGGGCAGGGACCUCCUUUCUUCUUGAGACGAGAUUCUUCCUGUGUCAGAAAAGAUUUCUUGCUCAGGGGAGUCAUGGAGUUUCAGAAUUGUGCUGACACUGCCAGGCGAAGUCAGCACAGAUGCAGGCCUGAGAUGCAGGGAGCUGAGACUCAGAAGGUGCUCUGGCUCAGAACCUGUCCCUCUGGGGAUGUCUUGCGUCCAUCUGCAGACAGCUCACUAUUUCCAGCAAGUGGCACUGAGGCAUUUGAAGUGACUGGGCCACUCAUCAUCCCCACCCAGCUGCCCCCAUCAUCUUGCUGACAGUUCUACAAAAACCUUGGUUGUUUGUAUUGGUCAGAACUCAACCCUUCAGGUGGCCUCUGGGCUUGGAUGCAUGAGUCAACCCCAAGGGUCAGGGGUGGGACCUGCCCUCAUGUUUGCUACUAAUGUCCAGCUCCAGACCCACAGGAUAGGGCCCUGGGCUGGGAUCCCUGCUGUCAGUGCUCAGCUGUGUGACCUUUGCCUAGCUACUUUCCAAAGGGCCUCGGUUACCCAGGCUGUGAAAUAAGGACUGAAUCUCUAGUCCUCCAUGCUGGAUGUUAACCUGGCUGGUGUCUGGGGUGACAUUUCCAACCCAGUCUGACACUGGGCUGGGAGGAGGUGGGCUGCGGAAACUAUGUCUACACAGCCAGCUUGGUUCUCACGCGGAGGGCUUCCAGAUCUAGCAGAAGCCAUGGUAUCUUGCCCAGAGAGCAGCCAGACUCAGGCCAGAAAGGGCAGGUGGGGUCCUGUUUCCCCAAAGCCAGUUUAUAGCCUGUAAGCAAGAGGCUGGGAGUGGUGACAGACCUGGGCUAUGCCCCUGAGCCAUCACUGGCCUUUCUCUGGGGCAUUCUGGGAACAGACAUUCCAGCCCAGGGAAUCAGCCAGGACCCUCCCCACUCUUCCAGGAAGUCCUUGGAUCCCAGUCUGAUAACAACUCCUUCUGGAAACAGGCUUGAGGGAGGAUUCCUCAGGGUUCCCUUGAAAUGCUUAUUUAUUUAUAUUAAUCAUUUAUUUAUUGAAGUAGCAGCAGAGUACAGUGAGAGAGCUCUGGGUAUGUCAAGAGCCUGGGAGUUCUAGUUCUUACUCCACUUUUCUGGUGUUUGUGACCUUGGGAAAGACCUGUAAAGCCAGAAAACAAUUCCUGACUUGUUUCUUUCAUUGGGUUUUGCAGCUCCACUGAGGUGGAGGAUGAGACUGUGCCUCGAACACAAUGCUCUGUAAAUGAGUGAUGCAUUUUUUAAAUUUCAAUAAAUUGUCAGGACCACAUGAAUCUUGUGAACCAGUCAGAGUUCAGAUGACAUGGUGGCUGGUGGAAGCCUCGAAUUGUUGAUGAUUGAGGAUGAUAAUGAAUAAGAUGUGAUGUCACUCACUUUGAGAUAACAGGACUGAGGAUUCCAGCUCACAUCUGACAGAAUCGGUACAAGUCCUCCGGCUAAUAUGUAUUAUUUGUGACCUCGGGCAAAAUACCUUUCUUCUCUGAGUUCCAGUUUCCUCCCUCAUACAGUGGGAAUAACCUCCUCCAGAGGUUUAAAUGAGGCCAUACAUCCAGAGUUUAACUAAUUGUCAUUGGCUUUUAAAAUCACAAAGGCAAAUGGACAGUUUUUCUUGGAAAUGGGGAGUGUGAAAGAGAUCAUGAAAAUGUCUGAAAUGAAAGUAGAUAAUGACUAACAUAACAUAAAGCAGUGGCUAGAUAGCACAAAACAUAAUGAAAAGGAUAAUGAAAAUGUAUGGUAAUAAAAGUAUGUGUAGAAGGUUCUUUCAGAAUUUUGAAAGGAAAACAUAAGGUGGAGAGUGUAAUACCAUGUUUUAGAUGUCAACCCUGUCAGCCUCUCCCUGCCAGGAAGACAGCAAACCUGGAGCAAGGUUGCCUGCUCCCCUCCACCUGGAGGUGUGUCCCAAGGGGACAUCUCAUAAGUGCGGAAGCCAUCAGCAUUCUAGUCUACAAGCAGCCUCUUCCUUCCAAGAAAAACCACACGUGGGUUUGAAUCUCUCCGCAAACUCAGCCCAGCAGGUGGAGCAAACCCAACACCCAGGGCCUGCAUCUCCAGUACACUUGGCUCCUUGUCCCAGGCUGGAUCUGCCAGGAGGUGACCAGGGACGCCUUGUCACGUUAUACUCGUAUCAUCUCAGAAUGGCUUUCACCCUGAGAAAUUACCCGGUUCCGGGGAAGCGCUGAUCCUAUCUUCUUCGGAGAACUUGACUAAUACCACCCCAUCUGAGACCUGCUCAGACUUUUGUCCCCAGAGGAUCCCCUGUCAAAUUGGCCAGCUCCUCCUGGAAAUGAGUGUUGGAGAUGGCUUCUGUCCCAAGGAAAAUGUCCCCGAGACUGCUUGAUGAAGACUGGCCAGAGGUGAAAUAGAGAUUCAGAAAAUGAGGGGAACCUUGCUCACGCUUAUGAACAGGGGUGGGUUUGGUUGGAAAAGACAAAAAUCGGAACAGCUCCUAGGGGAGAAUAGAGUCCUGGGACAUGGGCUCUGCGAGAAGGAUAAUGAGGGGGAGCUGGAAGACCUGUCUCCUCAGCCUCUGAGCUGCUCUCAACAGCGCAGCACAGCCUGGGCUGAGAGAGAAAUUCCAAAUAGCCAGGCAGUGAUAUCCUUCCCGCCUUCUUAGGAAUUUGGGUUAAAGUCCCCAGCAGAAAGCCCAGAUUGUUAAACUGAGUAAGCUCCUUCAGGGGCUUUUCCAGGCUGAGGAAUGUGUGGUUUUUGCGUUUCAAUGAGCUAAUGGAACUUCCUCUUAGUAAGGGGACUGGGGAAAUAGGCCAAUAUUGACCUAAGAGGAAAUUCUAUUGAACUGUGUUUUCCCAACUUUGUAAAGAGCUGUAGUGGAAGUGUCUGCCUUGUCUU